UUGACUUUGAACUUUUUAAAAACACUAAACCACCCAACCACGUAAGACAUUUUUUUCCAAGACCUUUGCAACAGUAUGCGCAUAUUUUACCCCAAUUACUCGCCGUCCUAAUUUACUACUUUCAUGGUCACUCCAUUCCGGAGAACAAAGUCAAACCAUGUUGAAAUCCGUCUUCUGUUCUGUGUAUCUUCUAUGCUUCAUGUUGACACCACAUCGUUGCCACCCUGCAAAAGACCAAACCCCCGAAGAUGAAGGUGCCACAACCCCUCUCAGUACUACAAUUUCCGUCAACAACCACUUCACCUUCUUUCAGCGAAUAGAAGACACCUUGAAGUCGUACCACAUCAACAUCUUUGGUGUCCAAAAACUCUUCAGGUUUCUGUACGUGACACCAAACUGUUUCGUUCUUCACAUGAAGAGUUUCCAAAAUUUGGAAGACCGGUUCUUUCACGAACCAAACAAAUGUGUUUUUGAUCCGUUUGGAAAAAUAGCUAGUGACGUCGGUACUAGUGUCGACGAUGUACGCAAGUCGUACGUGACUUUGCAAGAGAUCGUCGAUCGUCUGUCGAAACAUAAUCAAAUGUUUGCUCUUGUAAGCUUAGUUGCUAAAGAAAAAGAGUACGUCGAUGAUUUCGUGGGGCGGAUGAAUUUUAUUUUUAAUCGUACUCUGGGUAUGGUAGGCGUACCACGAUGCUUCGUCGACGAAACUGAAGAGGUGGUCCACCAAGUUCGGUUCGAGUGGAAUAAUACCAUAGAGUGUUGUAAGAGAGGUAUGAGUUAGAAACAGAUUUGGAGAUAGAUUGGUCGCUUUAUAGUUCUAGAAUGUACAGUACUACCUUCAAUAAAUUUACGUCUUUGUUCGCUGCA